AUGAUUAUAAUUUCUGUUGGGCUUGAGAAAAGAUGGAAUGGGCUAUAUAGAUUAUUGGAUUUUCAUGCAUUCUCCUGCUAUGCAAUGUCAUAUUGAAAACGCCAAUACUUGAGAGAUGAAUUGCAGUUUGGGAACAUAUCAUAUCAUUUAUCCUGUCAAUAUUCAAAUUCAAAAGAUUAUCCAUAUGAAAUCAUCAUUCUUUAA